AUGUCCGAACUCGGUCGUUGUACGAUCGCCGAGGCAACGUUCCCCGUGCCACCUGGCACCCGCCCCAUCGACCGUCCGCCGUAUCGCCCCAACCCCCGUACCUCAGCUGCCACCGACAAACGUGUUGAAGAUAUGCUAGAAUGGGGUAUUACCGAGAAACGGCCCAGUCCAUGGGGCAGCCCUUGUACCAUUGUCGCCAAAAGCAACGGCAGCCCUCGUUUCUGUAUUGAUUACCGCCACACCCUCAACCGCAACAUCAUUCGCAAGACUUGCCCUAUGCCCAACCUUGAGUCGUGCCUGGAUGCCGUCGGGGACGCCCUCUACAUCACUGUGGCGGACAUCCUCAGCGCUUUCUGGCAGAUUCCUGUGGCUGAGGAGCAUGUCGACCGGACCGCCUUCGUGACUCAUAACGGCAAGUACUGUUUCAAGCGUAUGCCGUUCGGGGUAGCGAAUGCGCCAUGGCUGUUUCAACACGUAAUGUCUAUUGCUCUGGGCCACCUUGGUCCCGACUCCGGUGUCCUCUUGUACAUGGACAAUCUGAUCUGUAUCAAUCGCACAUUUGAGACCCAUCUUGUCUCCAUCGAGAAAAUGUUCGCAGCAUUGCAGGCAGCAGGUCUGACUCUCAAGCCGUCCAAAAUCCAAUUUGGUCGUAAAGAAGUCGAUUACCUUGGUCAUGUCAUUUCUGCGAAAGGUAUUUUCGUCAGUACCGACCGCAUUGAUGCCAUCCGCGACGUGUCCACGCCGAAAUGUAUCAAGGACCUCCGUUCCAUCCUCGGCAUGGCAAAUUUUGUCCGUCGCUUUGCCAAAAAUUACGCUGACCUCACUGCACCGCUAGUUGAUCUGACUCGCAAGGAUUUCGUCAAACCCCGCAAAUUUCGGGAAGCUUGGGGGCCGGACCAAGAUGCCGCCUUCCAACAACUCAAAGAUGCUUUGUAUUCCGCCCUUGUCCUCCACUUUCCCGAUUUUUCGAGAGAAUUUGUCGUGCACACUGACGCUUCUGAGCUUGGUGUAGGUGCCUUCCUAGCCCAACCGUCCAAAGAUAGCACCGGCGACAAGGCGGUAGACAUUGUCGCCUACUACAGCAAACGCUUUAAAGCAGGCCAACGUCACUAUAGUCCCACUAUGAAGGAGUGUACGGCGGUUGUCUGGGCCCUGACCCACUGGCGCCCAUACCUUUGGGGCCGGCAAAUCACUUGUCACACCGACCACCAAGCGCUGACGUACCUGUAUCAUAUGCAAGAUACGUCUAAUAUGCUUACUCGUUGGGCCAUCUGUCUGCAAAAUUUCGAUUUCACCGUCAAGCACGUUCCGGGGAAACUUAACGUAGUCCCGGACACCCUGUCCCGCAUUUUCAGCGAAAUCGACGGCAAACCUCUCCCGUACGAGCCUCGGCUCGCCGCUAUCUGUCGCAAUGUCCCCGAUGACCAACCAUUCCGCCCUCCUGCCCCUCGUGAAUACGAAGUGUCCGCUAGUAAUUUAGACGACAUUGUCCCAGUCGACACCGAACGUGAGUUGUUCUCUAGCGCUAUGUCUGUUUUCCCUGUUUUCGAUACUGCCAAGUUGCUCGAUCAUCAAAAGAAAGAGUUCCACCAGUAUUUCGAUUACUUGGACAACCCCACCAAGGCUCGGGUACCACUCCACCAGCCUAAGUCCAGCAUGAGUAAAUUUUUCAUCCACGAAGGCGAGGCACUUGACCAACUGGUAGUGCCCGACACGUUGCGGAAACUUGUCAUAAAUGUGUGUCAUGACCUCCCGGCGUCGGGUGGCCAUCUAGCUUUUAAAGGGCACCGACCGGUCACCAACCCUUUCCAGGUUGUGGCUGUUGAUCUUGUCGAAUACAAAUCACAGUCGGAGGGUAACCGAUUUAUCUUGUCUGUCAUCGACCAUCUCACACGCUUCCUCAUUCUCAUACCCAUUCCGUCCAAGGAGGCUACCGUAGUGGUCCGUCAUCUCAUUGACCGUGUCUUUUCGGUGCUCGGUCCGCCGGAAACUUUGCAUUCUGAUCAAGGAAGAGAAUUCGAAAACCAACUCGUGAAAGAAUUGCAAACUGUCUUUGGGUACAAGAAAACCCGCACGGCCGCGUACCGUCCGCAAGGGAAUUCUGUUCUCGAACGUGUCCACAACACUGUCCACAAUAUGCUUGCCAUGUAUAGCAACCUGGCUUGUGAUAUUUGGUCAGAACUGUUGCCUUUUGUCCAGCUUGCACACAACACAGCCUAUUCCAAGACAUUGGAGGAAACACCCCAUUAUCUCGUCUUUGGCCGUGCCCCUACCCUGCCUGUCGAACUCUUCCUCGGAGUUCCCGCUACCGAUGCUCCGCAGAGUCGUCUUGACCACUCGCGUCGCACCGUAGAGAAUCUGCAACUCGCUUACGAGUUGGCCCGUCGCAAUCUCAAAGAACGCACGGAUAAGCAAGCUGUCGAAAACGAGAAACUGUCCUUCCCUAGUUUCAAAAUGGGCGACCAGGUUUUGCUCCACCGCCCGUACAACGAAACUGAUGGCCCCAACCCCAAGCUCGUUAGUCCUUGGCACGGGCCAUUCACUGUCAGAUCUCAAAUCUCUCCUGUCAUUUAUCGUGUUUCAAAACCCAACGACCCCACAGAAGUCACCGUCCACUUGGGUCGAAUGAAACCAUUUGUCCAACCUACGUCGUCCCCUGACCCCGAUUUUGAGGCUCUAGACGACAUGUUCCUCGGAACAGCCCUUCCUGUCCCUGAUCUUGAUGGCUUUAUGCACACCGUCACGAUCGACCCGUAUGUCGUCGAAGCCAUCGACGGUCAUUAA